GUCUACGUAGCUCCGACUACGUCCAUGUUUUGGUGUCACCCACAUGAGGAACCGGCAGCAGGGUUCUGAUCCAGCUCUCCUCCUGAGCCGCUCAGUGAGUCCGGGACCCGGUGUUAGACCUGAACCCUCCUAUAGUCAGACCCGGUUAUCGUUACCCGAUACAGACCCGACAGACCCGAUAGAGACCCGAUAGAGACCCGACAGACCGGGACCCGCUGGAGGACUCGGUGUGUCUGUAGGUCAUGAUGUUGUCCCGGAGCAGGUCCCUGGUCCGGAGGAUCCUCAGAGGACUCCGGUCUCAGCAGGUCUGCUACCAGAGCUCAGCCUCCAGACAGGGACCCCUGACCUGGAGACCUGGAGCCGGACCCCUGAGCUGCUCCCACAGCCUGAGCACCGCUCCACACUCAGGUGUGAGCAGUCUGUCGUUCAGGAGUCACACCUGUGGAGAGCUGAGAGCAGAUCACGUGGGACAGAGGGUCUCUGUGUGUGGAUGGGUCCAGUACCGCAGACAGAACCUGUUUGUGAUCCUGAGAGAUUUCAGCGGCUUGACUCAAGUUCUGAUCCCUCAGGAAGAAUCUGCCAGCGGGUUGAAAGCAGCGCUGUGUGACCUCACAGUCGAGUCUGUCGUCAAGGUAACGGGGACAGUCCAACGCCGCCCAGCGGGACAGGAGAACGAGGCCAUGGCGAGCGGAGAGGUGGAAGUCCUGGCUGAGAGUCUGGAGAUCUACAACGUGUGCCAACAGUUACCGUUUGAGAUUAAAGACUUUGUCAAAAAGUCAGAGUCUCUGCGGAUGCAGUACCGGUACCUGGACCUGAGGUCCAAUCAGAUGCAGAGGAACCUCCGGCUGAGGUCUCAGCUGGUGAUGAAGAUGAGGGAGUACCUGUGUAACGUCCACGGUUUUGUUGACGUGGAAACUCCGACCUUGUUUAAAAGAACCCCCGGGGGAGCCAAAGAGUUUGUGGUUCCGUCCAGAGAACCGGGUCGGUUCUACUCUCUGCCUCAGAGUCCACAGCAGUUUAAACAGCUUCUGAUGGUGGCAGGUAUAGACAGGUAUUUCCAGGUGGCUCGCUGCUACAGAGAUGAAGGCUCCAAACAGGACCGGCAGCCCGAGUUCACCCAGGUGGACUUAGAGAUGUCCUUCGUGGACCAGGCGGACGUCUUGUCCCUGGUGGAGGGCUUGUUACGGUUCUCCUGGCCUCCAGAGAACGGUUCCCUCUCGGUGCCGUUCCAGACUCUGACCUAUGAAGAGGCCAUGAGGGACUACGGCACGGACAAACCUGACACCAGGUUCUCUAUGAAGCUGAUCGACCUCAGUCAGCUAUUCUCGUCUCUGGACGUUGAGUUCCUGCGAUCAGCUCUCAGCCAAUCAGGAGGCUGCGUCCAGGCCGUCUGUGUCCCCGGUGGAGCGAAAGUAUUUACGGGGAAAGAUCUGGAGGAACUGAAACAAACAGCAAAGACUCAGUUUGGUCAGGAGGUCAGCGUGCUGCUGGUCCGAGCUGACGGGACCCUGAAGUCUCCUCUGAAGAAGCUGCUGUCAGCCUCAGAUACAGACCAGCUGCUGGAGACCACCGGAGCCGGACCAGGAGACCUGCUGCUGCUGGCUGCUGGAUCCACCAACACCGUGCGUCCGUUGCUGGGUCGUCUCCGUCUGCAGAGUGCUGAGCUCCUGGAGGCUCAAGGCGUCUCAGUCCGAGACCCCUCCUCCUUCCACUUCCUGUGGGUGGUGGACUUCCCUCUCUUCUUACCCAAAGAAGAAGAACCAGAUCAGCUGGAGUCGGCCCACCACCCCUUCACUGCUCCAGUCCCAGAAGACUCACAGUUACUGUACACGGAGCCACACAAGGUCCGGGGGCAGCACUAUGACCUGGUCCUCAACGGCUCGGAGGUCGGAGGAGGAUCCAUCCGCAUCCACAAAGCCUCAGAACAGCUCCACGUCCUGCAGAGCGUCCUCCAGGAGGACCCCAGUCUGCUGUCUCACCUGCUGGAGGCUCUGGACUCUGGAGCUCCCCCACAUGGAGGCAUCGCUCUGGGUCUAGACCGGCUGGUCUCCAUCAUGGUCGGAGCUCAGAGCAUCAGGGACGUGAUCGCCUUCCCCAAGUCCUUCCGGGGUCACGACCUCAUGAGCUGCGCUCCAGACUUCAUAUCUGAGGAGGAGCUGAAGCCUUACCACAUCUCUGUCAGAUGGCCAGCAGGAGGACCACGAGGAGGAGGAGGAGGAGGAGGAGAGGACGCGUGAAGAAGAGAUGAAGAGACAUCAGAGGAUCUUUGUCAGGUCUUUGUUAAACAGCAACAGAGGACAGACAAGAGGACGAGGAGACAACCAGGAGGUUCAGAGACUAGA